GCGACUAAAGCCUUGGAGAAGAGGUUUCUCUUUUUUCUCUCCUCCUCAGUAUAUAUCUAAUCUCUGUUUGCUCUUUUUUCGCACCAUGUCAUAUCAAUCUACCAUCAAUCGAUCGUCUCUUCUUCCUCCGUCUGCGUUGAUCUUUUCGUUUCGUCUUCUCCGAUUGAUGCUCUGUCGCGAGAGUCAUGCCUACAUUUUCUGCUGCCGCUUUGGGUAGAUCACUAAAUUCAGGGACGUCCUUAUCUAGUAAAUUUCCAAGCACACUGCAGUCAAAGCCGUCUAUUUUGAAUGAUGAAAGUAAGCAACCUAAAGAAAAGACAUUCACUCGUCCUCAGAUGUCACCUUCUCUAUAUGCCACUACUAAAGAAAUCCCUCAUCCCAAUUCGCCUUCUUCCUACCCUCCAUCUCCCUAUAUCAUCAAUCACAAAGCUCGUGGGCCUGUUCUUUUCAAUAGGGACUCUGAGGUGGAUGGGCCUUCUCACCCGAUAACCUCUGGUGAGGAAAAGAUUAGUGGUAAUGUAGAUGUGGAGGCUACUGCCUCCUUGAGCAAGUCCACAUCCCUAUCAUUUCCUAUCACCGAGGCUAUUGCGGUGGAUCACACCAAUGGUGUUCACACCCAAGGCAUCCAUGAACGUCCUGUUUGGGAUUGCAGUCCCCCUCUUGGGACAUUUUUGAACGAGAAGUCGGGAAGAGAUAUCAGCAAUGGUGGGAUUGGAAGUAAUAAUGCUACCAGUAAUUUAGAAUGGCAAAGUUACUUAUUGGAGCCGGUAAGAAUAAAAGCAGACAAGGAGCUUGAGCCUGAAAAUUUCUAUAACCCAGGUGAAUUAGUAAGCUUCACAAGUAACACAGAGGUAGAAGAUUUCGAGAGAGCUGAAAGCUCACACAGUCUUGCUACACAUGUUGGAGAGUUUUAUGAUGCUUGCGAUGAACUAUCAACUGACAGUGGAAUGCAGAGUUCAGCUAACAACAUUGAAUCUGAGGUAAGGGAGAUGAGAUUGGGUUUACUAAUGGAAAUCGAAAGGAGGAGGCAGGCAGAGGCGACUCUAGAGCAAAUGCAAGUUCAUUGGCGGAGGCUCCGUGACCAGUUGGCCGAUGUGGGUAUGUUCCUUCCUCUUGAUCCCACCAGAAGCCAAUACAGCAUGAACCUAGCUGAUGAGCUACGUUGUCAACUUGAGGUCACCAGGUUUGUCUCCGACACACUAGGCAGUGACUUGGCCAAGACAGAGGUAGAGAUGGAGAUGGAAGCUGAGCUCGAAGCUAAGAACUUUGAAAUCACCCGGUUGUCUGACCGUCUUCAUUAUUACGAGACUGUGAACCAGGAAAUGUCCCAGCGCAACCAAGAGGCCAUAGAGGUGGCAAGGCGAGACGGGCAAAAGAGAAAGAGGAGGCAGAGGUGGAUUUGGGGAUCAAUAGCUGCAACCAUCACACUCGGGAGUGGAGUCUUGGCCUGGUCGUACCUUCCUCCCGGAAUGUUAUCAUCAGAUGAAGCUCAACCUCAGCUGUCUCCAAAAGAUUCAUAAUGAGGUUGAAUCAAAGCUUCAGGCCUUGUGAAUAAAAAUAGGAAAAUGGGUUUUGUUUUAACCUUUUCUAGAGAAUGUAUAGAACAUUCAUGAUGACGACAUAACUCAGCUUCAUACGAUCAAGGUCAUACCAAUUUGGUUCUGUUUGUGUCGCUUAUUGACUUGCAAUGUUAUUAUUAGCCAGAAGUUCCGUGCC